GCUUAGUAGCAGAAGGUGACGGUUUCCGACAAAGCCGGCAGACUCAGCUGGAUUCAGCCGGUCAUUUAUUGCUGCCCAAGCUUGCAUAAUACAGGAGGAAGUGAAUGGCAUCCGCUAGCUUUGGCAGGCAACGAUGAAGCGGGUGAGUGCUUGGAAAAGGCGCAUCAUGGCGUUGUCUAGAUGCAACUUUUAAGGCCCUUGAAGUACGGUGACACCUCCUAUGCUGCAUAAUGUGAAGCAACCUUGCGGGCUCGCGCAUAUUAGUAUCAUCAGCUGGGUAGCAUCCAUGCCAAAACUUGGAUUGAGCUCAACGAAAGCAGACUUUCCCCGUGAAAAUUUGAUGCUUACAACUUAAAAGAGGUAGAGCUCGUUUCAGAGACAGAGAGAAGCCAAACGGAGAAAGAGAUUUCAGGGGCAGGCAGCUGGUUUGUUUAUCCGAGCUUCAAAAGGAGCUGAAUCUUAUUUUCAGCUCGAUCAAUUGCAAGCGCCGUCCCACUUUCGUCUCCUGGCUAUAAUCUCUCAUUCCCUCUAUCCCCCCUCUAUCGUCAGCUGCUAGCAGAAGGCAGCUUCAGAAGCCACUGUUGACUUGGCGUCGGCUCUUCGCAAAUUCUCCAUGGCUGCGACGCUCGUUAUGCCCAGCCAUGCGAGCUGAAAAAGGCAAUCCGAAAAAAUGACGUGUACACACAAGCAAAGGUGUUCACACAACAUUCAAGGAGAAGCGCAAAAGCUGGCGCGUGUCAAUCACACGACAGGACACCAGCUGAAGGCUUAACUUUGUUUGUCAAGCAUUUGUCUCCACCAACAGAAAGAUGGGCCCCAAUUUUGCAAUAGCAGGACUCCUGUUGUGGUGCAUUCUAGUCAGCCAAGCUGAAGGAGCGCUGUCGCAGCGGUUAUCUGGCAGGAGCCUUCGGCAGGCGGCAGCUGUGGCUCCCGCCCCCGCGGGCGAAGUCUGCGCAAACGGCCUCCAUUGCCCUGCUUACCACACCUGUGACGUCAGCUUCGCCGGGGCGGACCCAGUUGAGGAAGUUUACAACUGCGUCUGCGCCGACUUGAAAUGCCAAACCCCCACUGCAAUCGCUGCGGCGCCGGCAACCGGCGAAACGUGCGCGAACAGGCUCGUGUGCGCGGCCCCUCAGCGGUGUGACGUCACGACGAUCGUGACUUUCGACGGGGGCGAGGAGUCGUCCUACCAGUGCGUGUGCGCCAACGGGUUGGCUACGCCGGACUGCCAAACCCCCCCCUCGUCGCUCGUCCCAAACAGCCCCCCCGCUGCCGCCCCCGCGCCGGCGACCGGCGAGCUUUGCGAGAACGGCCACGUGUGUCCGGUUCACCACAGGUGUGACGUCAGCACGGUCGAGGUUGACGGGGCGGAAGAGUUGGUAUACCAGUGCACGUGCGCAAACGGGUAUGCAACUCCCGACUGCGACCCCCCCCCCGUCCCGCCCACAAACGUCCACCCCCCGGCAGGCGCCCCCGCUGCACUCAUAAGUGGAACAGUGACGGCGGCAGCAGUUACGGCGACAAACCCGGCGGAAAACCCGGCGGUGCCAGUGGAUAACAAAUCAGGAGGGCUCGGGGUGGGCGCGAUUUUUGGCAUCGCGGUUGGGAGCGUCGCGCUAGUGAGUCUCUUGGCUGCCGGGGGAGUGUUCGCGUCCAAGCGCCGGCAGCAGAAUUCCGAGGCUGUCGAGUUCCAGGAGUUUCACCGGGCGCACGCGGUGAUGGACAAACCGGGGGAUCCCCCUGUCUGAGAGUCACGGAAACCGAGAGUGCCCGGAGCUGCGCGCACGCGGCGAUGGAGAAAAUCGGAGGGUCGGGGGAUCCCCCUGUUGAGCUUGUAUACGCCGGUACUUCGAACCGAGAGCGAACCAAGAGUCUUGAAGGUUGAAAGUUCCAAGGGAAUGGGGUGAGGUAGAGUUGCGAUUUCAACCGGAAGAAGAAACCUGAUAAUGUUGCACAGACUCCGAGAUCCGAGUUUGAAAUUUGGGGGCUCUGGCGGACCUUACUUGGUAGUUUUAUAGGGAGCAAAUAGGUGAACAAGUGUAGUCUAGUAGCGAAGUGCAGGGGUGUCUCGAGCACGAAAGCGUGCAGUAAAAAUCUCCAGGGUAUUGACGUACCAAGGUUUGUCUGAUUGCAUAGGGGUGAACAGCUGUAUGUAGUUUUUGUCACUGAUCGUGAGUCGUCUGAAUUGAUCCGAUUCUCCGACUCGUAGGUUAUUAGUAGGAGAUCGAAAUAAAAGAACGUGCAAUAUCAAGCCAGGCUAGUUAAAAGCCGCUAAAGUUGUGAAGGGUAGAAACUUUAGAAACUCGAAGUCAUGACGCUGAAGUCAGGGACUUGAGCAGGACAGGAUAGCUCGAUAUAGAUCAGGCUCGGAUAGCAAGGAACAAGAUCCGGCCUGGUGGCCGAAAUGCCAGGCCAGCGCCAGUAGCUUUGCAGGGCCCGGUGAAAUGACUGUAAAGUAAGUACACCCAUGCACUAGCCAUCGUUGCAGCUGCAUAGCUUUGUUUCUAGAGACAAAGCUAUACAAGAAAUAUGUAGGCCCUGUAUUGCAUCUUAAGUUCUAGCUAGUCAGUAAGGGGUGUCACAUAUUAAGUCUCAGGCCUUAAAAAAAGAAAAAAUAACUGUAAUCUGAU